CCGUUGUAUUGCUAUCUCAACGGCACGUAUUCCACGGCGGCACAGCGCUUUGUCCCCUACCAAAAACCUGAACGUUAAGCUCUCGACCUCCGUGACAAGCCGCAAGAAAGUAGUGGAGAGAAUGUGGAAGCUGACGCAGCGAUUGCAGCCGCAUAUCAAUCCGACCCGAUGGAUGGUCCGAAACUUCCGAAGCGGAGUAGCUGGAGAAGCCACUGGUCUCUACGGCUUCGAUCAUCUUAAGACUCCCAAAGGAUUUCAGCGCUUCGUCGCUGAUGCCAUUGAAAGGUCUGGAGAGUUGGUGAGCUACAUAUCAGGAAUGCCUUCGUCUCCAGAGAUUAUUAAAGCCAUGGAUGAGAUUUCAGAUACAGUCUGUUGUGUUGUUGACUCUGCUGAACUCUGUAGACAAACCCAUCCUGACAGGGAAUUUGUUGAGGCAGCUCAUAAAGCAGCAAUGGAAAUGAAUGAUUAUCUACAUCAUCUUAACACAAACCAUACUUUGUAUGCUGCGGUAAAAAAAGCAGAGCAAGAUUCCAACUUGCUUACCGCAGAAGCAGGUAGGACCGCGCAUCAUCUCCGAAUGGACUUUGAACGCGGAGGCAUUCAUCUAGACCCUGAGAAGCUAGAUAAAGUGAAUAACUUAACAACCAACAUAUUUCAGCUAUGCAGCGAGUUCAGUGAGAAUAUUGCUGAUGAUCCAGGACAUGUUGAUGUAUUUCCAGCAUCACGCAUCCCUCGACAUCUGCAUCAUCUUCUCAACCCUAUCUACCGAUCCACUUCACAGGUUCUGAGAGGGUCUAAAAGAUCAGCUCAUAGCUCGAAAGAGAAAGGAGUUCGAAUAACUACUGAUUCACGAACACUUGCUUCCGUUUUGCAAUGGACAUCAGAUGAAGAGGUUAGGAAGAUGGUAUAUAUUCAAGGGAACUCUGUUCCUCACGCAAAUCACGGAGUUCUUGAGAAGCUAAUUGCUUCACGCCAUGAGCUUGCACAGAUGAUGGGGUGUAAUUCUUUCGCUGACUUUAUGGUCGAGCCAAACCUAGCAAAAUCACCAAAGGUUGUGACAUCAUUCUUACAAGAACUGAGCAAGACAGUCAAACCGAAGGCGGACGAAGAAUACAUAGCCAUUAGAGACUUUAAAAGAGAGAAAUGUGGUGAUAAUUCUGCAGCAUUAGAGCCAUGGGAUGAAACUCACUAUACUUCAAUGAUGAAAUCCUCCGUUAAUGAUGUGGACACGGCUGUUGUAGCAUCGUAUUUUCCUCUGCCUCAGUGUAUUGAAGGCCUUAAAGUUCUUGUUGAAUCGUUGUUUGGUGCAACAUUCCACACUGUUCCUCUGGCCCCAGGUGAAUCUUGGCACCCAGAUGUGAUUAAAAUGUCUCUUCAUCACCCAGACGAGGGUGAUCUCGGAUAUCUUUACCUUGACUUGUACUCAAGAAAAGGCAAGUACCCUGGUUGUGCUAGCUUUGCAAUCAAAGGAGGACGCAAGAUCUCUGAGACUGAAUAUCAACUUCCUGUUUUGGCUCUUGUUUGCAAUUUUUCACGAGCUCGUGAUUCUUCAGUGGUUAAGCUUAAUCACUCUGAAGUUGAAGUUUUGUUCCACGAAUUCGGCCAUGCUCUUCACUCUCUGCUCUCACGAACGGAGUACCAACAUUUUUCCGGUACACGAGUAGCUCUUGACUUAGCAGAAAUGCCUUCAAAUCUGUUUGAGUACUACGCUUGGGACUAUCGCCUCCUGAAGAGAUUUGCACGGCAUUACUCAACCGGUGAGACAAUGCCCGAGAAGUUAGUGAACUCAUUACAAGGUGCGAGGAACAUGUUUGCAGCAACUGAACUACAACGCCAGGUGUUUUAUGCAUUGGUCGACCAAAUGCUAUUUGGAGAACAACCAGAGACAGCAAGAGACGUGAGCCAGCUCGUUGCUGAGCUGAAACGGGAACACACGAGCUGGAACCAUGUCGAAGGAACACAUUGGCAUAUUCGAUUCAGUCACCUACUUAACUAUGGAGCAGGGUACUAUAGCUACUUAUACGCCAAGUGCUUUGCGUCGACGAUAUGGCAAUCAAUAUGUGAAGAGGAUCCGCUUUCGUUGAGCACGGGGACAUUGCUCAGAGAGAAGUUCUUCAAACAUGGAGGAGCCAAAGAUCCAGCUGAGCUUCUCAAGGAUCUUGCAGGCAAAGAGAUCAUUAGUGUGCAUGAGGAGCUGAGACUGAACGAGAAUGCGUUUCUUCUUGUAUGGCUUGGGCUUGGUAUCGUCAUCCUCGUCGAAGGGAUUGUUCUUGCCUCUUCAGGAUUCCUCCCCGAAGAGUUGGAUAAGUUGUUUGUGAAGUAUGUGUACCCAGUGUUCACUCCAUCGGUUGGAUUAUUUGUGGCUGGGACUACUGCAUAUGGUGUUCUCAAGUACAUACAAAACGAGAAACUCAAGGAUCAAAAGUGAGACAAGUACAUGAUUGAUUGAUUGAGAAGGUUUUGGUGUUAAAGGUUUUAGUGUAAGUGGUCCUGUUGCAAGUGGAGUGUAAGUGAUACUCUUAAGAUGGUUUUCACUUUUGCUUAUGCAAAUCGAAAAAGAAGAGUUUGUGUAUUGAUCUGAACCUUAGUCAUUUGUAUAUGGAGAGAUUUUUGUUUAUGUAAAAUUAAAAUCAGUUGUGCCAUUAUCAUUUUAUUUUCCUAAAUAAAUAUCAAGAGUCUUUUUGCCAUGAACACCAGAGAACAG